GAUGGCCAGUACUUCUCUGGGGCAUCGCCACGGCUGCCCGCAGACGCUCAGAACUUUCUCUUGCAGACCCCAGGCGCCCUUGUGCAGCAGAGCCAGGCACCAGUCCUUGGUGGUGAGCGCAGCAGCAACAGCAGCUGCGGAGCAGAAGAUCCGCAUCAAGCUCAAGGCUUACGAUGCUCAGCUGCUGCAGCAGUCAGUAGGCUUGAUAUCUGAUGCUGCAUCAUCCACAGGCGCACGCGUCAGUGGCCCUGUAUACCUGCCAACCAGGCGGCGCAUAUACUGUGUGCUGCGGUCGCCUCAUGUAAAUAAGGACUCUCGGGAGCACUUUGAGACGCGGACACACUCCCGCCUGGUGGACAUUCGCAACCUGACAGCACAGACCAUCGACGAGCUCAUGCAGCUGGACCUGCCUGCCGGCGUGGAUGUGGAAGUCAAGCUCUAGCUGCUUGCUGUUGCUUUGUACCAGGAGGAUUGGGGUGUCUCGUCUCAUGGCCCGAACUGCAGUCUGCGAACGUCAUGGGGCUCUAAGCUUGGAAACACAUGGGAGGAAGACACUUUUGAAGACAGCAGUUGAUAAGGAACCGCUGUCACAGCUGUGAGAGUCGAUAAAGGAAGCUUUGCUGUAAGACGUUGACGCUUGUAGAAAUACUGAGCUACUUUCAUAGGUAAAAUGAGAUGCUUGCCUCCUUUCCGGACAUUGCUUCUUGCUGCAUCAAUGAGAUCAUUUGUUUUGGAGGCAUUGAGCGCACCAGGUCUGUAAAAGUUGCUCAAUG